AGGAGCUCUACCCAGGCAGAACCAAAUGCUGGGGCUAACUGCAAAGAUGCCAAAGAACCUUUUCUCGUUUCUUCGCUUGUGCGUGCUCCUCCUCGGUUUUGCCAUUAUCUGCUCAGGGGCCGUUUGCAUCUCGGCAGGCUCCUCUGCCUGCAAGUGCAAUAAAGUGCCUAUUGCAUAUUUCCUUUUGCCACUGGGGUUCCUCCUUCUCAUCUCGGGGAUUUUCUGGAGCACUUAUCAUGAGGCCAGCAAGCACAAGAGCUUAUUCCACAGAAUUAUCCAGCAAAAUCCUAGAUUUCGAGAUAGUCAUAUCACUACCAUAGACAGGCCUGACUUCUAUCCCCCAACUUAUGAGGAUAGUACUGAUCCUGAAAAGCAGACAUUCCCGCUGCCAGUCUGCCUACUGGAAGAAGAAAGAGAGUCCUACAACAUACCUCCACCUCUAUACACAGAAAGCAGUCUGGAUUUCAUCGAGGAGGCCAGCUCUCAGGAACAACAGCCACCGUCAUACGAAGUAUCUGUGCAGCAACAGCCAGCUGCCGAAUGUGACUCGGCACUUCAAGAGACUUCUAAUGCACCUGCGUCACAGCCCUAAUCAAACAGACUGUCAAAGGACUUGCAGAAAAGAUAAGUCAUGCCUACUGUUCGGGGAUAAAGGCAACCGUUAAGGCACUUCGUGCAAAAGAGCGUCAAGACAAAAGUAGGACUGGGUUACUCCGUGUGUAAUGCAGUACUGAGCAUAAAGAUAGCCUUGCAGUCGGAGCCUUUAAUGGCUGGCUGUGUGGAAUCACAGAAUAACUUGGUACCUGAGGACAGGAAUGAAAUCUGGGGCUGCUAACAAUAUGAAUAAUGAUGUUGCUGAGCAAAGUCAGUAUUAACAGCUGGUUGGCAACACUGGGUCUGUUUGUUUACAUAUUAUAUGUUUAUUCUGUUCCUGUUAAAGAAAUACCUGUAAGAACCAAUGUUAUAUUAUUAAGAGCAGCAAGAUGAGGUUUCAGACUCAGGAUGGCUUUAGAAAGCAAGCACAAGGGAAAAAGACACCCAUGGCAAAGAAAUGGAUUGAAGAGACCUACAGAUGCACACUGAGACCGUUGUUAAGGAGCAAAUGCAUUCUAGCAUUGGCAUAAGAGACUCUUUUUUUUUGGACUGCCUUUAUUAAUUUAAAAGGUCUUACUGUAGAAAAUUAGAUCCAAAUUGUGAUGGAUUAUUUAAUAACUUUAAGAUUUAAUUUUCCUGGACCACCCAGCCAAAAUGAAAGGCUUGUGGCUUAAAACUCAAGUAGUUCCGCUGAAGUCUAUGCAAGUUAAAUCCAAAAAUCUCUAUUUCAAACUGAUUAUGCAGCCUUUUAAAGCAUUGUGAUACUCUUGUGUGAGAUCUGUGUCUAAGAAACAAGUUUACAGAGGCCUCGCUCUAGCCCUAAAGGCACAGCAUUUCAACUGACAGAAGAUGUAAUAUCACUGUUAAAACAUUUGUUCAGUCUCUCUUGUUUUGAAAAAAGGAUUUUAAAAGCAGUAUAAAAUAGCAGUUUCCCAUUGCAACCUACCCCAUUUCAACUGACCCUCAGACUUUGAGUGAAAAUGGCCCAGGUCUUUGGACUGACCCACAGUCAAUGGCCAGCUGGGGUAUGGAAGCUGAGCACUGUAUGUGAAAUACUAGCUUUAGGGAGAGAUGUCAAGACAGGUCUACUCAGGAGAAAGCCCUACUUUAUUCAAUGGGACUUACUCCCAGAAAAGUGUUUUUAGGAUUGCAGCCAUAUCAUCGUUAUGGGUCCAUACUUACUAAUUUGUAUCUCCUGUGUUUUGACAUCAGCUUUGUCUUCUGAUAGUAUUGGCUAAUUUUGAGUGGAAAAAUCACCUGAUUCAUGACCUAACAAAUGGCAUUUAUUUGUUAUUUUGUAAGGACAAUGCUCUUGUGAUGUGGCUGAAGCAAUCUGGUUUACAUACCGGCUAAUAUUGUAUUGCACUAUUCUUUUUUUACAAUAAAGUUUUGUACUUAAAAA